CGGGAGUCGACUUGAACGGACGUUACAUAGAACAUAAGAAAAUAAGGAGUCUCUAACACUCCUCGCUCUCCGUCACUGUGAUUCCUCUUUGGCCACCAAUUUGAUAAAGUAAAGCGUGAAGUCCUCUACUGUCAAGACAAUGGCGCCGGCAUCCACCUCGUCCAUCACACCUGACGAUGAUGGAGCAAAACUGAAGGUGCGAGCGAGGGACAUUUUUAGCACCUCACAUGGCACGCAAGAUGGUAUGGAAAUUCGAAAAAUGAUGAUGGAGGUGGAGCACAAGAGUGUUGAGGACAAGGUGCAGAAGAUGUCUCUCGGCCAAAAGACCAACAGGCCGACCAAAGUGAUACUGAUGGUGGGUGCUACAGGUACCGGUAAGACAACUCUCAUCAAUGCCAUGGUCAACUUCAUAUACCGUGUUGAGUUCACUGACAAGUUCAGACUUGUGUUGAUUGACGACAAAAAUGCCCCAAAGCGUUCUCAGGCGGAGAGUCAAACAGAUAUGAUCACAGCUUAUGCAUUCUACCAGUUACCUGGUAUGCCCUUUGAGUACAACUAUGUGCUGAUUGAUACUCCAGGCUUUGGGGACACAAGAGGAAUUCAGCGUGACCGUGAAAUGAUGAGUCAACUAGAAUCAUUUCUGAAACAAGAUUAUGGCAUUGAUCAAGUAGAUGGAGUUGGCUUUGUUACCCCUGCCUCUGCUGCUCGCUUAACACAGACACAGAGAUACGUCUAUGAUGGCCUGUCAUCUAUGUUUGGUAAGGAUAUUAAAGACAACAUUUAUGUUAUGGCUACGUUUGCUGAUGCCAAGACUCCUCCAGUUCUUGACGCUCUCAAGGAAGCUGGUGUUCACUACUCUGGGUUCUAUAAGUUCAACAACAGCGCACUGUAUGCCUGUAACGCAACUGCUGAUAAUGAUACUGAUGACUCAGACUCGGAUGAUGAAGAUUCGGCUUAUAUCUGCAAGUUGUUCUGGGAGAUGGGGUACCGGAGCCUGCAGAACUUCUUUUUGAAGUUGGGGAAAACCUCUCCAGCAAGUCUAACACUUACCAAACAGGUGCUUGAGGAGCGAAGUCGUCUACAGUUAGUGGUAAUUGGUUUGCAGAAUCAGAUUCACUUGGGUCUGGGAAAGCUUUCAAACUUGAACCAGGAGAGAGAUAUGUUGGCUCGUCUUGACGAUGACAUGAAAGGGAGUGCAAAUUAUGAGGAGGAAGUUGACGUUCCUAAGAUUACUAAGAUUGACUUGAAUCCAAAAGAAUAUGUAACCAAUUGUAUCAAAUGUAACAUGACGUGUCAUUAUCCGUGUUAUAUUCCUGAUGAUGACAACAAGGCUAAUUGUUGGGCCAUAACAGAUGGUAAUUGUAGAAUCUGUCCUGAUAAGUGCUUCUGGGACCUCCAUAAGAACAUGAGCUUCAGGUACGAGCACACCUCGGUAAAGGAAACGCGCACUGUGCAGGAACUGCUGGACCGUUAUCAGAAAGCUGAAGCGGACAAACUUACUAAGGAAGGUGCAAUUCAAGCCAUAGAGCAAGAUAUCAAUGACCACGCUCAAAUGCUUAUUGACUUGAUACAGGAGGCUCAGAGACACGUGGAAAGACUCGAAGAAAUUGCCCUGAAGCCCAACCCACUGUCAACCAAAGAAUACAUUGACCUAAUGAUCGAGUCUGAAAAGAUGCAGAAACGCCACAACUUUAUGAAAAGGAUUGAAAUGUUGGAGAAAUUGAAGGAAGAGGUGGUGGUAAUCCAAGGAGUGCGUGGCGACUGUAACAAAGCAUCUGGUGAAUCGUUGCUGAAAUAUUUCCACGACCUUCUAGUGGAGUGAUGAAAUAAAAUGUAUUCAUCUCUUAUGACGUUUUGUAUAAUGUUAGUUAAUGUCUACAGUGUAGUUUAGGUACACCUCUCAUUCAUCUUCAUGUUGGAAGUUAUUGAACUGUUGAAGUAAUAUAAUCAGAAAAAAUGUUAUUGAUUAUAAUCAAAAUUAUUUUUAUUUUAAAGAAAAUAAUCUAAAAAAAUAUAUACAGUAAUUAUAUUAUUUAGUGUACUAUCACUAUUUAUCAUCCAAAAAUCUAUAACAAUACAGAUAGACAGUCACAGCACAAUUACUUUUUUGUCAUUCUUUAUAUAAUAUUCAUGUGUGACAGAUGAAGUUAUUUUUGUACUCAGUCAGCAUUAUUACCUCACUAAAUUAGGUGUAUUUAAGUGGCUACUGUGGCUUUACUAAUGUUUCUUCUUAAUAUAACUUAGUUGGUAACUUCCCAGAGCCAUAUCAGUUGGUUAAAGUUACUGGGUGAAUUUACUCAUUUGGUCAUGGUCUGUGUUUGUGUACCUACCUGCUCAGUCUGCAUUAUUAUUAUAUACCUUACUGAAUUAUGUGUAUUUAUUGGUUACUUUAUGACUUAUACUGUAUGAACAAAAUGUAAUAUUUAUUUUAUAUAAAUAUAGAAGCAUUUACUUCCUAAUUCUGGAAAUCAUAAGUAUUAUUUCUUAUUAUAUUAUGUUCAUACAGAUUUAAGUUUUUGGAUUCUAUGUGUAUUUCAUAAUCAUGCUAUAUGUAGGUUCCUGCAUCUUAGUGUAUUUUUACAACAAUAAUGUUUAUUUUAAAAUAGUCAUAGGUAUAUUUUUUUGUUUUUAUUUUAGGAAAAUUAUUUUU